AUGGCGGCGGCGGCCGCUGCGGUCCCGGGGCAGCGGAGCGGUCCUGGCAACUCUGCUGCAGCCCCGGCGCGGCUACAACAGAACCUUCCGGGCCUCGGAGCUGGAGGUGGAGCGCUCGGGGACCCCAAAGACGCCGCCAGCCCCGCAGGAGCUGGUCUUUGGGAAGUUCUUCACCGACCACAUGCUGACCGUGGAGUGGGGCCGGGCCGGGGGCUGGGGGGCGCCCCCAAAAUCCGCCCCUUCCAGGAGCUGCGGCUGCAUCCGGCCUCGUCCGCCCUGCACUACGCUGUGGAGCUCUUCGAGGGUCUCAAGGCUUUUCGUGGCGACGACGACAAAAUUCGGCUUUUCCGGCCCGAACUGAACAUGGAGAGGAUGGAGAGAUCGGCCCGCAGGGUCCUGCCUGCCCGAAUUCGACGGCGGGAGCUGCUGGAGUGCAUCCGAGCGCUGGUGCGGCUCGAGGGGCGCUGGGUGCCCCGGGACCCCCAGAGCAGCCUCUACAUCCGGCCCGCCUUCAUCGGCACCGAGCCCACGCUGGGGGUCGCGCCCCCCGGGCGGGCGCUGCUCUUCGUGGUGCUGUGUCCGGUCGGGCCCUAUUUCCCGGGGGGGCUCUUCGCCCCCGUCCGGCUCCUGGCUGACCCCCCGGCACGUCCGAGCGUGGCCGGGUGGGCGCCGGCCACUGCAAACUGGGAGGGUGAGUGACCACUGCGGGCUGAGUGACCCGUGG